AUGUGCUCGCUGAUCAGUCUUCAUAAAUCCUGGAGGUCUGGCGGUCACUCUCCUUCCUACCGCUCCUCUGCAGGAGCUUUCAGCCCAGACUGGGCCUCUCCCCCCUUCCCUGGCUCCCCGCUGCUUCACAGAAGGUCUAACAGAGCAAUACCACCUCUUUCUGUGGGCGGGGAUCCACUGGGCUCUGUUAACUCAGGCAGUCCAUGUCCGAGUCCCAUCAGCCUGGAGGCCGAGACAGAGCGACUAAACAGAUACAUUGAUAGGCUGAAAGCCAGAAAUGAACGUCUGACUGCAGCUCUGGAGCGAAGGAAGAACGAGUUGGAGCAGAUUAACCUCACCCUGAUCAGACUGGAGUCUGACUGCUCGGCCCUGCAGACGGCUCUCAGAUACUGCGAGGAGUGUGAGGAGGCCUACAACGAGCUGCUGUCACUUUAUGAUGCCAAGAAGCUGCAACGCGCUCCUCUGCAGACGGACUCAGCAGAGCAGGACAGUGACAGGCAGCAGGCUGAGAGUCCAUCGGCUCAGCUCAGGAGCAUGGGGACUGAGGAGCUGUCCACCUCCUUUUCAACAGCAGGGGUCACAGAGGAGACGGAAACCAGGAGUCAAACAGGCCACAGGAUACCUGAGCCAGUGGACCGGGAGGCGGCUCUCAGACAACAAAUUGAGCGUCUGAAGAAAGACCGGGCCGCCAUCUGCCUCCCGAAGCCAGCUCCUGGGGCGGAGAACAAACUGAACCCAGAAAGUGGACACCAAGUUGGACAGAUCUGA